AUGACCUUUAUUGGUCUCUUACCUGAAGACUUGUCUGAUUUGAGUGAUUCAAGUGAAAGUGAAAUCAACAAGGCAUCGUCUACCAACAGUCAAAAUGCGAGUACAUCGGCGAUUUGCACAUCUCCACAUGAUGGACGAAUGAUGAUAAAAGCCACUUUUCCAAUUGAUGUUAAUCAAUUGUUUACACUACUUUUUACAACUUCCAAGUUCUUCCUAGAUUUUCAUACUGCGCGAAAAUCAACUGAUUUAGUCCAGUCAGACUGGACACAAGACAUAACGACAGGUCAGAAGGUACGAAAAGUUUCUUUAACAGUUUUUCUCAAUAAAUCAGUUGGUCCCAAGAGUUCACAAGUUACCGAAACUCAAAUAAUGCUACCAUGUAGUACACCAGGGCAAAUUUAUUGCAUUGACGUGGAAACUGUAAACGCUGGAAUCCCGUACGCUGACUCUUUUAGUGUAGCAACACAUUAUUGUAUAUCCAGGGUUUCAAAAAAUGAAUCAUCGUUGGUGGUUUAUAGCAACAUAAAGUACAAAAAGAAUGUCUGGGGCUUAGUUAAAACUAUCAUAGAUAAGAGUUUUUAGACAGGUGUACAAGAAUAUCUCAACAGCUUGGUGAAGGCUUUGAAUAUUGAUUGCGAAGAAAAUUAUAAAAUCUUUGUUAAAGGCCGAAAAAGAAAAAGCAGAAGACAAUGCAUUUCUAGUGAACAAGAAUCAUUGACACAAUUGCAAAUAAGCAUUCAUCCCACGAUGUCUGAAAAAGUUAUCUCAGUAUUAAAACCGGGUAUAAAAAUAUCGCAGGGUGAACAGCGACAUGAACUUUAA